CCAAAAUGUCAGCGCCCAACUAUCACGUGGAGCAUAGCAGUGUAAAUCAUGUUCUUUUCAGCAUCUGUUUUAUAGCAACUGUUGAGGGAAAAUUAGGGUAUGACAGUGCUAAUUUCCUUGACAAGAAUGCAUUACACUGGAAACCGUCCACCGUCGCGCCCGAAAUUUGUGCGAACCACUUUCUUGACAGCAUUAACCAAGGCUUCCGCCAUUUUCCUGCCGCUUCAGUCAAUUUCAUCAGUCAGUCUUGGAAUGGAUGGAAUGAAUCGCCAUCAAAUGACCGAGUCAUAAUGACCUGCUGUUUCCAAAGUACAGAAUCCUAAGUGAGCAAGAAUAAUGUUCUUUCAAGCCUGUGCAAGACCAUCUGUGUGUGCACCUCUCAGCAAGACCUGCAAGCCGACUCUUUCAUUAUCUCAGUUUGUAGCAAGGCUUUGUGCACCAAGCCCACAACAUCUACAGAAAGCUAAGUCUUCAACUAAAGCAUCCAAUGAUGGUAGAUACUCUAACAUGCCCUGUGUAAGUAUCUGUCAGUCAAUCUCUGCAAGCAAGCACACUGCAAGCAAACAUCAUUACCUAGACUCAGUGUCAAGGUCCUUUGCUGCAAACACAUGUUCUUUGACUGGAAGCAAGAGGUUAACCGAAUACCGAAAUUCCCACUUGAACAUGAGCAUGGAAAGGUCCUUGUGUACAACAAGUGACCGCUGUAAUCGUCCUGUGGGAGAUGUCUUGGAAGAAAUGCAGCAGGUCCUGGUGGAACUGGGAGUUCUGGAACCAAGGAAGUCUGUGGAAUUCUUCAUUGCUCAUGUCCUAGGAAUGUCAACGCUCCAUGGUGUGUCUGCUGACCGUGAACUGACCGGUCCGGAGGUGGAGCGUGUGUGGGAGAUGGUGAAACUAAGACAACAGAGAAUGCCUGUACAGUACAUCCUGGGAGAGUGGGACUUCUGUGAUAUCGUGCUGAAAAUGAGACAGCCGGUAUUUAUUCCCAGGCCAGAGACGGAGGAGCUGGUUGGUGUUAUAAAGUCAUAUCUCAAGGGCUUGGAGCAUCAACAAAUAAGGUUGCUCGAGAUUGGAUGUGGAUCAGGGGCCAUAACUCUUGCUCUGCUGAAAGAAUUUCCACAGAUGGAGGCAGUAGCUAUUGACAAGACAACACACGCCUGUGAACUGACUGCACAUAAUGCCACCUGCCUAGGGCUGACAGACAGGCUGAAUGUGAUACACCUGGAUAUCAGUGCAGACACAGGUCAGCUGGGUGUGUUUGACGUGAUUGUGAGCAACCCGCCCUAUGUCAACACGGAGGACAUGGGCACACUGGACCCCCAAGUCUCCCGGUAUGAGGACCAUACUGCUCUUCAUGGUGGAGGAGACGGUCUAGAUGUUGUCAGACAUGUUCUUACCAAGGCCCAGUCUCUGUUGACACACAAGGGCACUCUCUGGCUGGAGGUGGACACUCCCCAUCCUGUGAGGAUACAGAGCUUGGUGGAGGAAACAGGGGGCCUCCGGUAUCUCAGGACACUGCAGGACUUCACUGCCAGGGAUCGAUUUUGUGUCCUUCAGUAUUCUGGCUGUACCAGAUGAAGAGGUGGAUGUAACGGGUGGAGGUUGUUUACAUAUAGUCAAGGGAUCGCAAGCCAAAGAUUCACCAAUGUGCUUCUUGAUCACCUGCGUACAGUGGGGUUCAGUAUUACGAUAAUUAUCUAUUCAGAAUGUUUUGGAAUUCUUUUGGGUGGUCGGUAAACUAAGGAUUAUACAGCUUAGAUCAUUAUAUUCUUGCUGUACACUCAUUUUAAUCAAAUGAUUAACCAAGGCAUAGUUCUGGACUCAUGCUGCAGUUAGUGGUUUAGAGUUGCCUCCCUUAGGUGUACCAGAACCCAGUGAUCAUGUGUUUGAAUCCCACACAUGUUUAUGUUGAUCAAAGCAGAUCUAGCCCUUAACUUGCAUAGAGGCAGCGAUAAAUAUGUACAAGUUUUUCUUAUUGUUAUGCAAAAGUGAUAAAUGUAAAUAAUAAUAUAUAGAGAUUAUUACAAGAGCAAGUGUGUCAUACGACUUUAGUGAAAUGUUGUCGCUUCGAGCAAUACAUAAUUUUGCAUGAGUUUCGUAUAAGUCAUAUGACACACUUGCUCGAGUGUAACAAUUUCUUUAUUAUCAAAUUUUAUUCAUGAACGUUUGUGCAGUAAAACACGGUAAGCAAGUGUGAUGGCCCCCCUUCGUUGACAUCACAGACGACGAAAUGCAGAAACAAUAGUGGCUAGGCUGAAGUGAUAUGUGCAUGUAUGACACCAGUUAUGGUUCACCAUAUGGGUAAUAAAUCAGUUUCUGUAAGUUUGAGAUACUCCCAUGGGUUUGAAUGUCUCUUAAUGUAUUAUAAUAUCUAUCACUGGCGCCACCUUGAUGGGUGGUGAUGUCUCCUACUGUAAGGCCAGUUUCUGACACUUGUUUCCUCAUUGUUUAAAAACAAGAAUGGCACAUAAUAAAUAAACCAAUUUA